AUAUCUAUUGAGCUUGUGUUGUUGUUAAACCAUAGGUGAGGUGGGGUUGAAGGGUGGAUUCUAUUAGACAUUUGCAGUCUACCACAUAACAACUACCCCUCAUAUAGCCUUACUUCCCCAUGGAUAUGUUCCUCUCAAUAAUGCAUAGGAAUCACUUAAAGAUGGACAAAAGAGACUAGAUAAAACAAAUGGUAUAAACAUGCACUAUUUACCCAACUUUCCCACCAUUUCUAUUAACAACAACAGAAACACUAGUGACAAAUUAUUAUCCACAUCUUUCAAGCAAAUUUUAGUUUUAGAAUCUGAAGUGAAAGCCAUUGGAAGAUUACCGGAGAAAGAAAAUAGACAUUAAUGUCCCCCAACAAUAGAUCUUUCCACCACUAUAUAAAACCUCACAACACAAGCAUCAAACUCACCAUCUAACCCAUUCUUAAAUUACUAUAGCAAUAUCAAACUGCUAGUGUGUGACUCUUCUCUUAUUCAUAAUAUUUCUUGAAAGGAAAAUGAGCUGGUCUGGAGGAGAUUGGAUGUGUGGUGCUUGCGAGCACAUAAAUUUCAAGAAGAGGGAAGCAUGCCAAAGUUGUGGGUACCCCAAGUAUGGAGGCCCUGACCCAUCAACCUAUAGAUAUAACAGGACUGAAACGUUGGCAGGGGACUGGUUUUGCACCGCUAUCAACUGUGGAGCUCACAACUAUGCAAGCAGAUCCAACUGCUAUAGAUGUGGUUCAUUUAAAGUUGAAUAUUCUUCUGGAUAUGGGGGUAACAUGGCCGGUUCUGGAGGAUAUGGAUCUGAUUGCACUUCUCCACCGGGAUGGAAAAGUGGAGACUGGAUUUGCCCAAGAACUGGCUGUGGAAUUCAUAAUUAUGCUAGCAGGACUGAAUGCUACAAAUGCAAAAUGCCAAGGGAUUAUGGUGGUGCUGACCGAAAGUAAAAGAAUUUCAAAAGACUUGCAGUAUCACUUACAUCCCUCAACACCUUUCUCCUCCAAACGACGUCCUAUUUAGCUUUCCACAUGUCAAGCUCUAGAUAAAUCAUGGAUGAAUGACCUCUGUUAGAAUCAUAGCAAUGUUUUGUCAUUAGGAAGGAUAUCCAGCAGUUAUUGUAUCUUGCUAAAUGUACUAACAAGAAGACUAUGAAAUCCACGUAUAUUUUCCAUAUUCAU